UUCCCGAAGUGCUCCGCGCGACGACCACAGGUGAACAGUGCGCCAUCGGGCCAUCAUGCUGCUCAUCUACCGGAGGCGGCAGAGCUCGCUCGGACAGAUGCGCUCAGUUUGUUGCCCAACAUCGGGAGUGCAGAUCUAGCCGUUGUUUGCGUCACCUACUGGUCUUUGGUUCUUGUUCCUACUUUGAGAGUAAAUAAGAGCCUUGAAAGGCAGUGCGGAAGGAAAGCAUUAAAGGCGGUUGCGAACAAGUGGUGGGCAGGUUCAACUCCACAUUACAAGGGCAGCGAGGAGUCAGCAUGGCGGCGACGUCUAUCACGGAGGACAUGGGUGAGGAGGACAUGUACCUGGAGAUGUAUCUACGUCACAAAGGAGCCGAGCGGCGUCAGAGCCGCCGUUUCAGCCGGCAAUCUUCAUCCAGGAGGGGUUCGUCGCCAUUUCCAUGGGAGACGGCAGCUGGACGACGACGCCUGUCGUCUUAUACUCUCUCCUCGGACUUUGGCAGCGAGUUCGCGAUCGAUGUGGACGACCUGGACCAGACGGAGGAGGAGGUGAAGGACAAUGUGCGAAUGAACAAAAGCAUAAUCGAAACCUGCAAAAAUCAACCAUGGCCCAUGAAUAAAAAGUACAAGAUGCUCAGACGAGCCAAGGCUUACGUCAAGAAGCACGAAGGUGAACUCGCUCAAAGUAAGCAGGCCAGAGAUGUACUCGCAAAGUACACAAUUCUUCUGAACAACUCAUGGCAUCGGCUGCAGCGCGAGGUGGCGGAACUAGUCGUCACACUGACGCCAUGGGAAAUGCGAAUCAAGAGAAUCGAAAGUCAUUUCGGGAGUGUCGUGGCUUCCUACUUCAUUUUUCUGCGCUGGGUCUUCUGGCUAAACAUCUUCAUUGCCGUUUUCGUUUCCUGCUUCUUGAUGAUUCCAGAGGUUUUACGUGGUGAUGAUGACCCAAGUGGAAUGAGAAAGCAACUGGAAAGCGAAGAAAUGAAAAGUGCUUUGAACCUUCAAGCUAUAUGGGAGUUCGAGGGCUAUCUGAAGUAUUCACCAAUUUUUUACGGAUAUUACAGCAACCGAGAGAUGACCGAGGAAGGAUAUCGACUUCCACUCGCUUACCUGCUCUCUUCCUUAACUAUGUACAUAUUUAGCUUCUUUGUAAUCCUUCGAAAAAUGGCGGAGAACUCUCGUCAAAGCAAAAUGACCGAAAAGGCGGACGAGUGCACCUUCACAUGGAAACUCUUUUCCGGCUGGGACUUCAUGAUCGGCAACUCGGAGACAGCGCACAAUAAAGUAGCGUCUCUCGUGAUGAGCUUCAAGGAAGCGAUUCUCGAAGAGAAGGAAAGAAAAAAAGAAGAAAGAAGCUGGAAAAUCAUGUUUCUAAGGACUCUGGCAAAUUUUAUAGUGCUGAUUCUGCUUGCCUCAAGUGCCUACGCUGUUGUGCUGGUUGUCGAACGGUCACAAGAACCAGAAGCUGAGAAGACGUGGUAUCGUCAAAAUGAAGUGACCUUGGUGGUGUCAAUGAUAUCCAUUGUUUACCCCAAUCUCUUUGCUAUCGGUUUGAUGGAGCAAUACCAUCCACGCAUACAGCUUCGAUGGCAGUUAGCAAGAAUACUGAUAUUGUAUUUGCUUAAUUUAUACACUCUAAUCUUUGCUCUGUUCGGAAAAGUCAUGAGCAUGACCACUGCCCUAGUCGGUAUGAAGGAGAACAUCACAUACUUGUUGGACAUGGGUCUUUUGGAACCUUCGAUCCUGAACACCACAUCGCUCGACAGCAAUGCCACUACUUUUGUGCCGUCCACAGUAUCUGAGGACACGAUCCUGUCGACCACAACGAUGGAGCCUUUCAUCGCAUCGCUGGCUGAGGCUCUCGUGGGACAGUCUUUCGGGCAGGCGGCUUCUGAACCGUUUACGCCGAACAGCAACUGCACUAUUGUUCCCGUGAAUUGCACACUCUUAUUCCAACUGGGCGUAAACCUUACCCGAGCGGGCAUUCUGCCCUUUCUUCAAUCUGACAACCUUGUGGUCACGAACGGCACGUACUUGGAAGAGAUAGUCACCACGCUUCUGCCGUUCUUAAACGAAACGGCGCCGACAACACCCCAAACUGAUGAGCCCACGACCACACAAGUGCCGCCCACAAGGCUCUUCGAAGGUUACGAUGCCAUCUUGCUAAGAAUCGCUAACUUCACGGUAAUCGGUGUUGCCAACUGGACGUACCGUUUUCCUUCCAGUCCUGAUGGUAACAUUUCCAUGCCAGUCAUUUACGUAGACAACUACUCGAAAACAGUCAACGUAACCGACGAAGAAAUAAGCUCCGUGCCAGAUAAAUGGCCCCCGCUAUGGAAGGGUACAGUGGGCACACCGCGGGACGCGAAUGACACGACCGUGCCCACAUGGACCGAGUUUGCUACAACUUUGGAUCCAAACAACUGCACCGUUGUGUAUGUGUCCGUGUGCAAUGGUGUCACCGAUGGACCUUUCGAUAUACCAUCGUGGACUUCGUCCGAGACCACACGGACGACGUCGACCACCACUGAGCCCAGCACGCGGAAACCUGGCAGCCCUCUAAGGCCAGAAGACCUACUCAAAGUCGAUGAGCAGACCAAAGAAAAACUCAGAAAACUCUGUUGGGAGACGAUGUUCGGUCAGGAAAUAGUAAAAAUUACCGUAAUGGAUCUUGUGAUGACUAUAGCGUCAACGAUUAUCACUGACUUCAUAAGGGCUCUCAUUGUCCGUUAUGCCAACGACUGCUGGUGCUGGGACCUCGAGCAAGGGUUUCCUGGCUAUGGCGACUUCAAGAUCGCCGAAAACAUACUCCAUUUGGUCAAUAAUCAAGGAAUGGUUUGGAUGGGGAUGUACUUCAGCGUGGGGCUCCCCGCUAUCAACACUGUGAAGCUUUGCAUAAUGAUGUACGUGAGGUCCUGGGCUGUACUGACGUGCAACAUUCCCCACGAGACCGUCUUCAAGGCUUCUGGAUCGAACAAUUUCUAUUUCAUGCUGUUACUGAUCAUGCUAUUCGUCUGUACCCUGCCCGUCGGCUACGCGAUGGUGUGGCUUGAACCAUCAUGGCACUGCGGUCCUUUCAGUGGUUACUUCCGUGCUUACAGGGUAUUCACCGGCUAUUUAGACAACACGUUGCCUUCUUGGAUGAACAAGAUAAUCGAAUACUUGACAUCGCCGGGUGUGGUGGUACCUCUCAUCCUUUUACUAAUACUCAUCAUAUAUUACCUAGUGGCCCUCACUGGAUCCCUCAGAGAAUCAAACAAUGACCUGAAACUGCAGUUAAGGAGGGAGAAAGACACCGAAACAAAACCAGAGAAGACUGAAAAGAAAGAAGAAACGGCAACAACAGUUCCGGCUCCGACCACAACGGUCACGGUGACAGAGACGGUCCCUCCGGAACCAGAAGGUCAGCUAAACGUACCUCAUGCCCCCAAGCUCACUUAUAUUUUUAACAGCGGAGAUGUUGAAUCUGGGCGUAAUGUGUAA